GCUCCCGCCUUUCAAGCCUCCUUUUCCUGCCGCGCUCGAUGGCCUUCUCAGACAGUUGAGUUAGCGCAGGCGCAGAGCCCGAGACGCGUGCGCACUAAGGGGCUAUUUUCCCUGCUCUGAUCUCGGCUCGCGCCUCUCGGACGUACGGUCAGCCGCCUGCUCAUUGGCUGGUCCGUUGUUAGAGCGUCUGGUCCGGUCGACGGUUGAGGCCUAACGUUCUGCGCAGGCGCAGUACGCGACUAAGGUAACAAGAAGGCUCGCGCCCGCUUUGACGGGACUCAAGAAAAAGAAGGAAACCCGCCCGCGCACUGUUAUCAGCACCGUCGCCCCCGCCUCCUCCUCUUCCUCCGUGAGGGGAAAAGAGAGAGAAGCCCGGAAAGACCUGGCACAGCCGCCGCCAUCAUGAGCGUGGAAGCUUAUGGGCCCAGUUCGCAGACGUUGACUUUCCUCGACACGGAGGAGGCCGAGCUGCUCGGCGCUGACACGCAAGGCUCCGAGUUCGAGUUCACCGACUUCACCUUGCCCAGCCAGACCCAGACGCCGCCCGGGGGAGGCUCCGGCAGCGGAGGAGGCGCCGCCGCGCCAGGCACCCCAGGACUCCCGGGGGGUGUCGUAGGAGCGGGCGCGGGGGGGCCUCCUUCUGUCGUCGCGCCGGGGCAGCUGGACGCCCAGGUAAAUGGACCAGAUGGCAUCCUCCAGAAUGGGGCAGUGGAUGAUAACGUGCCUAAAACCAGCCAACUUCUUGCAGAGCUCAAUUUUGAAGAAGAUGAGGAAGAUACUUAUUACACCAAGGACCUUCCUGUGCAUGCCUGCAGCUAUUGUGGCAUCCACGACCCAGCUUGUGUGGUCUAUUGUAACACCAGCAAGAAGUGGUUCUGCAAUGGACGUGGGAAUACAUCUGGCAGCCACAUUGUGAACCACCUUGUGCGAGCCAAGUGCAAAGAAGUGACUCUUCAUAAGGACGGUCCUCUGGGCGAGACCGUCUUGGAGUGCUACAAUUGUGGCUGUCGUAAUGUGUUUCUUCUUGGUUUCAUCCCAGCCAAGGCUGAUUCUGUGGUGGUUUUGUUAUGCAGGCAGCCUUGUGCCAGCCAGAGCAGCUUAAAGGACAUCAACUGGGACAGCUCACAGUGGCAGCCUUUGAUUCAGGAUCGUUGCUUCCUUUCCUGGCUGGUCAAGAUCCCUUCAGAACAGGAGCAGCUGAGGGCACGGCAGAUCACAGCUCAGCAAAUUAACAAGCUAGAAGAACUCUGGAAGGAGAACCCAUCGGCCACUUUGGAGGACCUGGAGAAGCCUGGCGUUGAUGAAGAGCCACAGCAUGUCCUCCUCAGAUAUGAGGAUGCUUAUCAGUACCAAAACAUCUUUGGUCCUCUGGUGAAGCUUGAGGCUGACUACGACAAGAAAUUGAAGGAAUCUCAGACUCAAGACAACAUUACUGUGAGAUGGGAUCUUGGUUUGAACAAGAAAAGGAUUGCUUACUUCACCUUGCCAAAGACAGAUUCAGAUAUGCGUUUGAUGCAGGGAGAUGAGAUCUGCCUGAGAUACAAAGGGGACUUGGCCCCGCUGUGGAAAGGAAUUGGCCAUGUUAUUAAAGUUCCUGAUAAUUAUGGUGAUGAAAUUGCAAUUGAGCUGAGAAGUAGCGUUGGUGCUCCUGUGGAAGUGACUCACAAUUUCCAAGUGGAUUUUGUAUGGAAAUCAACAUCCUUUGAUAGAAUGCAGAGUGCCCUCAAAACCUUUGCGGUGGAUGAAACAUCUGUUUCUGGCUACAUCUAUCACAAACUUCUGGGUCAUGAGGUAGAAGAUGUCAUUAUUAAAUGUCAGUUGCCAAAACGCUUCACAGCACAAGGACUUCCUGACCUCAACCAUUCUCAGGUGUAUGCCGUGAAGACUGUUUUGCAACGUCCCUUGAGUCUUAUUCAGGGCCCCCCUGGCACAGGCAAGACUGUGACAUCAGCCACAAUUGUGUAUCACCUGGCUAGGCAAGGAAAUGGGCCUGUCCUGGUUUGUGCCCCAAGUAACAUUGCUGUGGACCAGCUGACAGAAAAAAUACAUCAGACGGGGCUGAAAGUGGUGCGCCUGUGUGCAAAGAGCCGUGAGGCGAUUGAUUCACCUGUCUCUUUCUUAGCACUGCAUAACCAGAUCAGGAAUAUGGAUAGCAUGCCAGAGCUCCAGAAACUGCAGCAGCUGAAAGAUGAGACUGGGGAGCUGUCAUCUGCUGAUGAAAAGCGCUACCGAGCACUUAAACGAACAGCUGAGCGGGAAUUGCUAAUGAAUGCAGAUGUCAUUUGCUGCACAUGUGUUGGAGCUGGCGAUCCAAGGCUUGCAAAAAUGCAGUUUCGUUCCAUUUUGAUUGAUGAAAGCACACAAGCCACUGAGCCAGAGUGCAUGGUGCCAGUUGUUCUUGGGGCAAAACAGUUGAUCCUUGUGGGCGAUCAUUGCCAGCUCGGCCCUGUCGUAAUGUGCAAGAAAGCAGCCAAAGCUGGUCUGUCGCAGUCCCUCUUUGAGCGACUGGUGGUGCUGGGCAUCCGGCCCAUCCGUCUGCAGGUCCAGUACCGCAUGCACCCGGCCCUGAGUGCUUUUCCUUCCAACAUCUUCUACGAAGGGUCGCUCCAGAAUGGCGUCACUGCAGCAGACCGUGUGAAGAAGGGAUUUGACUUCCAGUGGCCUCAGCCGGACAAGCCCAUGUUUUUCUAUGUGACCCAAGGGCAAGAGGAAAUUGCAAGUUCGGGCACUUCUUAUUUGAACAGAACAGAGGCAGCCAAUGUAGAGAAAAUAACCACUAAGCUACUGAAGGCGGGUGCGAAGCCGGAUCAGAUAGGGAUCAUUACGCCCUACGAGGGCCAGCGUUCGUACUUGGUGCAGUAUAUGCAGUUCAGCGGGUCUUUGCAUACCAAGCUUUAUCAGGAAGUUGAAAUUGCCAGCGUGGAUGCUUUCCAAGGGCGAGAAAAGGACUUUAUUAUCCUCUCCUGUGUUAGAGCCAACGAGCAUCAAGGCAUUGGCUUCUUGAACGACCCCAGGCGUCUCAAUGUGGCUCUCACAAGAGCAAGGUACGGCGUCAUUAUUGUCGGGAAUCCAAAGGCACUCUCCAAGCAGCCUCUCUGGAAUCACCUACUGAACUAUUACAAGGAGCAAAAGGUCCUGGUUGAGGGGCCACUGAACAAUCUCCGUGAGAGCCUCAUGCAAUUCAGCAAGCCUCGAAAACUGGUCAACACUAUCAAUCCUGGAGCCCGAUUCAUGACAACUGCUAUGUAUGAUGCCCGUGAAGCUAUUAUCCCUGGAUCGGUUUAUGAUCGCAGCAGCCAAGGCCGGCCAUCCAACAUGUAUUUCCAAACACAUGAUCAGAUUGGGAUGAUCAGUGCUGGGCCCAGUCAUGUCACCACCAUGAACAUUCCUAUCCCAUUCAACUUGGUGAUGCCUCCCAUGCCUCCACCAGGGUACUUUGGACAGGCCAAUGGACCAGCUGCUGGACGCGGAAACUUGAAAGGCAAAACUGGCCGUGGUGGGCGGCAGAAGAACCGUUUUGGGAUUCCAGGAACUGGCCAAUCGAAUCUCCCCAACAGCCAGGCCAGCCAAGAUGUGGUCUCCCAGCCUUUCUCUCAGGGCCCUCUGACUCAGGGUUACAUCUCCAUGAGCCAGCCCUCUCAGAUGAGCCAGCCUGGCCUCUCCCAGCCAGAAUUGUCGCAGGAUAGUUACCUUGGCGAUGAGUUUAAAUCUCAGAUUGACGUGGCCCUGUCGCAGGAUUCAACUUACCAGGGGGAACGUGCAUAUCAACAUGGAGUGACGGGGCUGUCACAGUAUUAGAGUGUUGAAGGAGAAGAGCUAAGCUUAUGUGGAGCUUAGUUCAACAGCAAUUUAUUCAGGGUAAUAAAAAUAAAAUAAAAUGGAUACCUGUUUUCCACUGCUAAAACUGAAGCGACUCUGUGAGAGCAACAGGAGAGAGAGGGAUAAAAAGAGAGAAACCAACGGCGAGGAGAAAGGAGAGCGAAAGAGAAAGAAGAGAGCCCACUGCUAGCUCACUGAGACAAGGAGACUGACCGGAGAUGGGAAGAGAAGCACUGGAGGACCAACUGGCACCUCACUGGGAGGGAGAACUAACUCGCCCUGGAAGAACUGAGUGGUCCGUGAAGUUCCCUGUCCCCUCCCCUGCCACGACACCCCCACCAAGAAAGAGAGGAAGGGUCUUAGCAGCAAGAACCAUUUCAUUCCGUUCGUAUCGCAAGCAGGGUUUCACAGUUAGAACAGGCGGGGAGCGGAAAACCCCCAUCUCAGAGUUGUUCGCGUACCAAUCUCUCCAUUUUUUUGUUUUUAAGAGUAGGAAGGAAGGGAGGAACACUCGGCCUUUUUAGGAACAAGCACACCAUCCAAGAGGGAAUGUCCUGAAGCUUGUGGGGAAGCCAGCUGGCUGGUACCUAACUCUGAGAUGUGUGGUUUUGCUGUCCAGAAUCUGGCUUUGAGCCUCAUGUGGCUUCACCCACAGUCUGAAUGGGCUUCUGAUGGAGAGAUGGGGCGUUUUUUUGUUUUUUUUAAGUAAUUCAAAGAAGCACUGGAUAUUUUUUUAGAAGUUUGUCUCUGAAAUUUAGUAGUGGACCUGGAGAAAAAUCCUUGUUUUGAGAUGCUUAAAAAACCAUAAAGAUACAUAUAUAAAUAUAUAUAUAUAUAUCUAUACGUUUAACACAAGUUAGAACACCAAUCUCUUCUGUGUGAUUUCAGUCAAUCAAACUCUUCUUGGGGGAGGGGGUGUGUGCAUCUUGCCAGGAAGCUGAUGCAUCCUGCCAGUGCGGUGGAGAGAUCAGAAUGGUGUCGUCAGUUUUAAUUGAUUCCUGCCUGGGCUCUUCUCUGUGUGACAAGGUGGUUGUUGUUUUUUUUAAAAAAAAACUUCUGAAAGGCAUAUGCUUUACAAAAGGGAGAUGGGUAUCUGUGCCCUUUGGCCCCUGAGAAUGAACAACACUGGGAUUGACCUGCUUUUUAUUAGUUGCUGCUGAUGUUGGGAAAACUGUAGUGGAAACGGGGGAUUAUAUUGGUUUUGAAGUAAAGCUUCUCUAAUGAUAUAUUGAGAUAGUUUGGAGUUGUCUGGGGAGGAAGAGCAGGCAGAUAUAGUAAGGUGGCCACUGUUAGGCGAAAAUAAUCCUUGGCAUGGAGGGUAUUUUUCUUGACAUUCUGUACAGGGAACUCUGGAAUGAGCAUCAGAAGUUUAAACGAAGCUGGAGACCAUGUUAGGGAGCAGGACCCUUGGUCAGGCUCCUUUGAUUUAUCAUUUCAAAUCCCAACUGGAAGAGGCAAUUUAUGGGGGAAAAAAACCUCACCUUGGCUCAUAGCAGAAAGCAUGUAUAUCUGCAUUAAAAGUUUUGAGAACAAUUGCCUGCUACUCUAUUAUUGGUUUGAUUUUCUUGCCACCAGAGGUGGUCCCAUUAAGUUCCUUUAUCUGAGACAGUUUGAACCAACUUCCUAGUUGUGUGAUUUUUUUUAAAAUGAAUUUAGCUUUCUUUUCCAAUCAAAGGGCUCUAAGCGUGUUUUAACUUUUUGUAUGUGUUGAGGAACCCCCAUAACUUGACCUGAACGUACUUUAGAAUCCCCACAUUUUAUUUUAAAAAUUUGGACAUUUUGUAAUGUUCAUUCCCACUUUUGCCCUGCCCCCC